AUGGAAGAAGUUAGCCAAAAUACAAAUGAGGCUGGAUGUCAGGGCAAAUAUAAGGAGGCAAGAGAAGAGCGAAAAAAGCUCCUCACCCCUGCACACAAGUAUAUCAUUGACAUCUUGGCUGACAGACUGGCCCUACCGCCAACAGAUGUAGAGGAGUUUAUUUUAGAUUCGUCUUCUCUGGCUGCUUUUGAUCAUUUUUUUGCCAAAGGAGGUUGCAAAACCAUUUCCUUUGUGUAUCAAGAGUCUGCAGCGCCAGGACCAGAGUGUGGUCGCUCAUAUCCUGGUGCUGCAAAAGGAGAAAAAACACUGAGGCUGUUUAUGCCUGAUUUGUCCCAAAUAUCCCUGACAGGUAUUUGCUGCUACUUUAUACGGACAAGAGAGGACAUAGCUGUGAAUUCUGAAAACGUACAUGAGAUCCUCAGAGAAUUCUUUGCCAUGAUGUGCCAUGUUAGACUUUCAGUGACCAGUAUGAGAGAGUGUGAGAGCAAUAACCCCAAAUUCAACACACCUUCCGAUUUGCGCCUGAGACCUUACAAUGCUAGACCUCAUGUGGCUGGAGUGUGUCAGCAGUUCCUGCAAGACGAAGGCAUUGAUGCUAUGGACUGGCCCGCCCGUUCCCCAGACCUGAAUCCAAUUGAGCACAUCUGGGACAUCAUGUCUCACUCCAUCUACCACAGAAUGUCCAGGAAAAUUCAGAUAAGCAACAAGUACAUUGUUCAUCUGACUACAUUCACACAUAUUGACUUCUCUAAACUGGCCACCCUCAAUGAUAUGAAAACUGCAGCUGCCAACUGUGAGAUGGUCCAUCAACUGGAAAAAAAUCUUUUGCAGUGGUGCAAGGAAAUUGAGCAGGUCCUCAUAGAGAGUGAUCAGCUGAGAAAAGGAGCUGAUUCAGAAGGGCCACUGAGUGACUUAGAGCACUGGAAAGGAAUGUCUAUAAGGUUCAACUCUAUCAUCACUCACAUCAAAAGCCAAAAGUGCAAGACAGUGGUAAUGGUGCUCCAUAUUAGCAGAUCCAAAACUGUAAAGAUGUGGCGGAAGCUGGAUAGUAGGAUAACAAGGUGUGCCAAUGAGGCAAAAGACAAUGUGAAAUUCCUGAACACACUGGAGAAAGUUCUUCAACCUCUCUACAUCAGUGACCCGGUUACCAUGAUGAAAAAUGUGCAAAAUGUCAUCAGUACUAUUCACAUGAUUUUCAGAGUUUCGCUGUACUACAACACGAGUGAAACUUUAUCUUCACUGUUCAUCAAAGUCACAAAUCAGAUGGUUACAAUGUGCAGAUCGUACAUUACUGACAAUGGCAAACGUCUCAUAUGGGACCAACAUGCUGAUAACAUCAUCACAAAAGUGCAGCACUGUACCUCCUUGUACCAGGAAUAUAAGUCUUGUUUCCAGAAAACAAAGAUGGAAACAAUGGCUGCACCUGGAAAGAGGCCUUUUGAGGUUUCAGAGAUGGAAAUUUUUUUGAAGUUUUCCAACUUCUGCAAGCAGCUUGAAAAGAUCACACAAAUAAUCACAGUGUUCAAGACAUUUGAAUCACUUAACAAGUCCAACAUUGAGGGCAUUGAGAUUCUAGCCAGACAGUUCAACACUAUAGCCAUGAAUCUGAAAAGAAAGCAGUAUGAUAUGUUGGCUCCAAGGAGUGCUGAAUUUGAAGCAGAUUUUGUCAAGUUUACAGAGCAAAUCUGUUACAUUGAGAACCAGCUGCAGACUUUUAUGAAUUCAUGCUUCUCACAUGUGAAGACAUCUGAGCGUGCCAUUCACCUGAUACAGCGUUUCCAGAGGCUGAACAUUCCCUGCAUUAACGCACACGUUCCCCAUCUUUUGAGUCAUAUUCUUCAGCGUUAUGUCUCAGAAGUAGAGUUUGUGAGAAAGCACUAUGGCAACCACAAAGAGAACCCUCCACUAGCUAGGGACAUGCCUCCUGUGGCGGGACGAAUUGGUUGGGCCAGGCACCUCUUCAAAAAACUAGAGGAACCCAUGUUACACAUAAAAGAAAACUCGGACAUCCUGCUCAGUCCUCAGGGACGAAAUGCCGUCAAAAUGUACAAUCAGACUGCAGCUUCGUUAGUAAAGUUUGAGUGUAUUUACCACCAGGCAUGGCUCGAGGAAGUAGCACAGAUGAAUCAUGUCUUAAAUGUCACACUGCUGGUUCGUCACCCAAAGACAGAAAAGCUAGUUGUCAACUUUGAUCCUAAAGUAACUGAGGUCAUACGGGAGGCAAAGUGUUUGGUGAAGAUGGAUCUCCUGGUUCCAAAGCAAGCCUUACAUCUGCUCAACAUCGAAACAAAACUCAAUGCUGAUCACCAUCGAUUACAGGUUGAAUCUGCUCUUCAACGUGGGGCAGUGCUGUUCACCUGGUCAUCCUUACUCCUGGACGAGUUCUUCCAAAGAGUUGACAUGGCUUUGUAUGAGCUCCAGCAUCUUGUGAAUAAGGUGCUAAAUAUUAGCAAGUUACACAUUGAUGAUGUACUUAAAGACAUCUCAGAGACGGUGCUGAUUGAGCUCUCAGAUGAUCCAACUUCAGUUCAGCAUCUGAUUGACCAUAAUAAGGAGUUUAAGAAGCUUUAUGAAUCCUUCACUGCAAGGGUACUUGAUGCAGUUCUCAAAACAACCAAGUCAUCUCUGAACACCUUGAAAAAGAGGAUUAGUUGCACUAUAAGUUACAAGAAAUCCAAGCCUCAACCUAGGAUAGUUCCGCUAAUAAAAUCUGAAGUCCAGCUGGACAUACCCAACGUGGUAAUGAUUCCCACCUUAGAUGAAAUCCAGCAGGCCAUAAAUCAACUAACUGACUCUGUGUUGGAAGUUAGCAAGAGUAUUGCCUGGCAGUGGGAGUACACUCCUAAUGAAAGGAAGAAAACAGAAAAAGAUCAUUUAUUUAACUUUGUUGUGGAACACAAGGACAUCAAAAAACUCGUGGGCAUUCUGAAAACAGCGAUCAACUCUCAGAAGGGACGAGCAGCUGAUGUUUUGAAACAGUUCAAUACUUUCAGAGCGAUCUGGGAAGAGGACAAAAACGCUAAAGUCAAAGAAUUCAUGGGAAGCAACCCAUCCUUGAUCCACAUUACAUCUGAAAUCCAACACUAUGACUCAGUUGAGCAAGAAAUUCAAGCUAUCAAGCCUGUUAUUGCUUUUGAAUCUGUUCAGUUAACAACAGGUUCACUGAAAAAGGCCCUAACAGAUGAGACAAAAGCCUGGAAGAAACUAAUUUGCAAAUACCUGAAGGAGAGGUACAAGAAGAAAAUGACUGACACACACAUACAUUUGAACAACUACCUUAUACAGCUAUCACAUCCUGUGGCUAAUCUGGAAGAUGUACGCUGUACUAUGGGGGCCCUGUCUACGCUUCGAGAAGCUGAAAUACAGACUGACAUGACACUGAUUUCCAUUGAGGAAGCAUAUGAAAUUUUGACAAAAUAUGAAGCAGAAGAGACCAAAAGAGAAGUAGAAGAAGUGUACAGUCUGAGAGACUCCUUCACAAUGCUCCAGUCUAAAGCUAGAUCGGUGCAAUAUGAGCUUGUUCGUAUGCAACCCAAGUUCAAACAAGACCUUCUUGAGAGCGUUGCUAUCUUCCAAAAAGAUGUUGACACUUUUAUGGAACAGUUUGAUUCUGAAGGCCCCUUGGUUGAAGGAUUAGCUCCGCAAGAAGCCAGCCGCAGGCUUCAGAUCUAUCAGGCUAGAUUUGAAGAGCUUUGGAGAAACUUCACCACAUAUACUUCUGGACAGCAGCUUCUUGGCUUACCAGUUACAGAAUACAACUGUCUACACAAGAAAAGAAAAGAGCUUGAUCUGCUUCAAAAACUCUAUGGCCUGUAUGAUGCAGUGAUGAACAAGAUUAGUGGGUACUAUAAGAUACUGUGGAUACAAGUGGAUAUUGAAAAGAUCAAUGGCGAACUUCUGGAUUUUCAGAACAGGUGUCGGAAGCUACCCAAAGCACUAAAGGACUGGCAAGCCUUUCUUGAUCUAAAAAAGACCAUUGAUGAUUUUAAUGAUUCGUGUCCUCUUCUUGAAAUGAUGGCAAACAAGUCUAUGAAACGGAGACACUGGGACCGUAUUGCACAAGUGACUGGACACCAUUUUGAGGUGGAGUCCAGUACGUUUGCACUUGAGAACAUCAUGGAGGCGCCUUUGUUGAUGUACAAGGACGACAUUGAGGACAUUUGCAUAUCAGCUGUAAAGGAGAAGGAUAUUGAGGCCAAAUUAUCACAAGUAAAAGAGCUGUGGUCUGCUCAGACCCUGAGCUUGAUGACAUUUAAGAGUAGAGGAGAACUGAUGCUGAAAGGAGCAGAAACAUCCGAGAUUCUCACCAACUUGGAGGACAGUUUGAUGGUGCUAGGUUCACUGCUGAGCAACAGGUACAGUACCUUCCACAAAGCAGAGAUCCAAGAUUGGGUCUUCAAGCUUUCAACAUCAUCUGAGGUCAUUGAACAGUGGAUUAUAGUGCAAAACUUGUGGGUCUAUUUGGAGGCUGUGUUUGUUGGGGGCGACAUUGCCAAAGAUCUGCCACAGGAAGCAAAUCGAUUUCAGAAUAUUGACAAGUCUUGGACUGAAAUCAUGCGGCGAGCACAAAAGGUCCCAAAUGCUGUGGAGUGCUGUGUAGGUGAUCCAUCUCUGAGAGAAAAGCUUCCGGAUCUUCAGAAACAACUAGAGCUCUGUCAGAAAUCUCUUGCAGGGUAUCUUGAGAAAAAGAGACUCUUGUUUCCACGGUUCUUCUUUGUGUCUGAUCCUGCCCUUUUGGAAAUCCUUGGACAAGCCAGUGAUUCUCACACAAUUCAGGCACAUCUUCUUGGAGUGUUUGACAACGUAAAAGAAGCUGAGUUUCACACAACAGAAUAUGACAAGAUCAUAGCUGUUAUUUCACAAGAAGGGGAGAAACUGCCGCUAGAGAGUCCUGUAAUGGCUCAGGGAGAAGUUGAGAUCUGGCUUGGGAAGCUUUUGGUGCAACAACAGGCUUCACUGCACUCUGUUAUCAGAGCUGCAGAUCUAGAGAUAGACGAUGAGGAGUUUGAUCUUCUUGCUUUUCUCAACAAAUUUCAAGCACAGGUGGGCUUGCUGGGAAUCCAAAUGAUUUGGACAAGAGAUGCAGAGAAGGCCCUGCACCAUACAGAAGAUGACAAGCACAUCAUGCCUCUUACCCAAAAGAAAUUACUGAGUCUGCUCACUACACUCAUCAAGCAAACAACCUAUGACCUCAGCAAAUUUGACAGAGUCAAAUAUGAGACACUUGUCACAAUUCAUGUGCACCAGACUGAUAUAUUUAAUGACCUAGUGAAAAAGCGUAUAAAAUCUGUAGGCGACUUCGAAUGGCUGAAGCAGAGCAGAUUUUACUUCAGGGGCUACCUGGAUAAGGUCAUUGUGUCUAUUACUAAUGUUGACUUCAUUUAUCAGAAUGAGUUUCUGGGCUGUACUGAUCGUCUGGUCAUCACUCCACUGACAGACAGGUGCUACAUCACACUAGCCCAAGCUCUAGGUAUGAGUAUGGGAGGAGCCCCUGCAGGACCGGCUGGAACUGGGAAAACUGAAACUACCAAAGACAUGGGUCGCUGCCUUGGCAAGUAUGUUGUAGUGUUCAACUGCUCUGACCAGAUGGACUUCAGAGGACUUGGAAGGAUUUACAAAGGCCUCGCACAGUCAGGGUCCUGGGGUUGUUUUGAUGAGUUCAACAGAAUCGACCUGCCAGUGCUCUCUGUUGCUGCUCAGCAGAUCUACAUAGUUCUGACGGCACGCAAGAACCAGAAGAGCACAUUCAUUUUUACUGAUGGAGACACUGUGGAUCUGAAUCCAGAGUUUGGCCUGUUUAUCACUAUGAACCCCGGAUAUGCCGGUCGUCAGGAACUUCCUGAAAAUUUAAAAGUGCAAUUCAGGACGGUUUCUAUGAUGGUGCCAGACAGACAGAUCAUCAUGAGAGUUAAGCUAGCCAGUUGUGGAUUCAAUGAAAACAUCAUCUUAGCCCAGAAGUUUUUUGUUCUUUAUAAACUGUGUGAAGAACAACUUACAAAACAGGUCCACUAUGACUUUGGCCUGAGGAACAUCCUGUCCGUGUUACGAACACUUGGGGCUGCUAAAAGAGCACGGCCUGAUGACACAGAGUCCAGCAUUGUCAUGAGAGUGCUGCGUGACAUGAAUCUGUCUAAACUGGUGGAUGAGGAUGAGUCACUUUUCCUCAGUCUCAUCAAUGACCUGUUCCCUGGUAUCCAGCUGGAUAGUAGCACAUAUGCUGAACUUCAGGCAGCUGUUGCCCAUCAAGUGCAGUCAGCCGGUAUAAUCAACCAUCCUCCCUGGAAUCUCAAGCUUGUUCAGCUUUAUGAGACUUCACGAGUGCGCCAUGGGCUGAUGACUUUAGGACCAAGUGGAGCUGGGAAGACCACAGUCAUCAACAUUCUCAUGCGAGCUAUGACUGAAUGUGGAUACCCCCAUAGGGAGAUGCGCAUGAAUCCCAAAGCAAUCACUGCUGCACAGAUGUUUGGCCGUCUUGAUGCAGCCACCAAUGAUUGGACAGAUGGGAUAUUUUCCACACUAUGGAGGAGGACACUCAAAGCUAAGAAAGGGGAGUUCAUAUGGAUUGUGCUUGAUGGUCCUGUUGACGCCAUAUGGAUUGAAAAUCUUAAUUCUGUGUUGGAUGAUAACAAAACACUGACCUUGGCUAAUGGUGACCGCAUCUCAAUGUCACCAUGUUGCAAGUUGGUGUUUGAGGUGCACAACAUGGAUAAUGCCUCCCCUGCUACAGUGUCCCGGGUGGGUAUGGUCUUCAUGAGCUCAUCAGCUCUCAGUUGGAAACCCAUACUCAGGGGAUGGGCUAACAAGCGCAAUGCAAAGGAGGCAGAAAGUAUUUUAAGCUUAUAUGACAAGAUAUUUGAGGAUGCUUACUUGUAUAUGAAGCAGAACCUUAAACCCAAAAUGGAGCUUUUGGAGUGUAACUAUAUAAUGCAGUCUGUGAAUCUGCUGGAAGGCCUCCUCCCAACCAAGGAGACAGGAGGCUUUGCUGGUAGCAAACACCUUGAGCGUCUCUUUGCCUUCUGUCUGAUGUGGAGCCUUGGAGCCCUUUUGGAGUUAGAUGAUAGAGACAAACUAGAGACUUACAUCAGAGGUCAUGAAAGCAAGAUUGAUGUUCCUCCAACACAGCCAGGGGAGACUAUGUUUGAGUACAUGAUCGGCACAAAUGGUGAUUGGUGUCAUUGGAACAACCAUGUGGGUGAUUAUAUCUAUCCAACUGACCAUUUGCCUGACUACACUUCUAUUCUUGUUCCCAAUGUGGAUAACACAAGAACCUCUUUCUUGCUGGAUACCAUUGCUAAACAACACAAGGCUAUGCUGCUCAUUGGAGAACAAGGAACUGCUAAAACUGUGAUGAUUAAAAGCUACACAAAAAAAUAUGAUCCUGAGACAGACCUAUCAAAGACACUGAACUUCUCUUCUGCAACAGAACCCUUAAUGUUUCAGCGAACAGUGGAAAGUUACAUUGAGAAAAGAAUUGGCAGCACCUAUGGACCCCCAGGAGGACGCAGGAUGACAGUCUUUAUUGAUGAUAUAAACAUGCCAGUUGUCAAUGAAUGGGGUGAUCAGAUCACCAAUGAGAUAGUUCGACAGAUGAUGGAAAUGAGUGGCAUGUACAGUCUGGACAAACCAGGAGACUUCUCCACUAUUGAAGAUGUGCAGAUACUUGCUGCCAUGAUUCACCCUGGUGGUGGGAGAAAUGACAUCCCUCAAAGACUCAAGAGGCAGUUUACUGUCUUUAACUGUACUCUGCCAUCAAAUACUUCAAUUGAUAAGAUCUUUGGUAUAAUUAGUGGUGGUUACUUCCAUGAAUGCAGAAAAUUCAAGCAGAGCAUUUCAGAUAUGGUUAAGCGUCUUGUAUCUGCUGGGAGGAUUUUAUGGCAGUGGACAAAGGUAAAAAUGCUUCCCACACCAUCCAAGUUCCACUACAUUUUCAAUUUGAGAGAUUUGUCUCGGAUUUGGCAAGGGAUGUUAAACAUCAAGGCAGAGGAGUGUCAUGAUAUACCUACCCUCUUGGCUCUUUUCAAGAGUGAAUGUACAAGGGUGAUCGCUGACAGGUUUAUUUGCUCAGAGGACAGAGAGUGGUUUGAGAAGGGUGUAUCCCGGGUGAUCCAAGAGCAUGUUGAUCCUAGCCUUGUCCCAAAACUUCAUCCUGAGCCAUACUUUGUGGACUUUCUCCGAGAUGCACCUGAGCCAACUGGAGAAGAAGGGGAGGAUGCGUGUUUUGAUGCCCCUAAAAUUUAUGAACUGGUGCCAAAUUUCAAGUUCUUAUCAGAGAAACUAAUGAUGUAUCAGACUCAACACAAUGAGAUCAUAAGAGGCUCGACUCUGGAUCUGGUUUUCUUCACAGAUGCAAUGACUCAUCUCGUCAAGAUCUCACGAAUAAUUCGAACUGACCAAGGAAAUGCCCUGCUUGUGGGUGUCGGAGGAUCAGGCAAACAGAGCCUUACGCGGCUAGCCUCAUUCAUAGCUGGAUACCGCGUCUUCCAGAUCACAUUGACCAGAACAUACAACAUGACCAAUUUCCUGGAUGACCUGAAAGUGCUGUAUAGGACAGCUGGGGCUGAAGGCAAAGGCAUCACCUUUAUCUUUACUGAUAAUGAUAUCAAGAAUGAGGCCUUCCUUGAGUACCUCAACAAUGUUCUUUCAUCUGGAGAGGUUUCCAAUCUUUUUGCUAAAGAUGAGAUCCAAGAGAUCACCCAGAACCUAAUACCUGUGAUGAAAAAGGAGUUUCCUCGUAUUCCACCAACUUUUGACAACCUUUACGAGUAUUUUAUUUCACGGUCAAGAAAGAAUCUCCAUGUUGUUCUUUGCUUCUCACCGGUGGGACCGAAGUUUCGCUCCCGGUCUCUGAAGUUUCCAGGGUUGAUUUCUGGCUGCACGAUGGACUGGUUCACCCCUUGGCCAAAUGAGGCUUUGGUGGCUGUAUCCAAUUAUUUCUUGUCUGAGUUUAAUAUGGUUUGCUCUGCUGAAGUCAAAGCGUCUGUGGUGACGGCUAUGGGAACAUACCAUGACAAAGUAUCUGUCACAUGUGAAAGCUACUUUGAGAGAUUCCGAAGACGAACUCAUGUUACCCCGAAAUCCUACCUCUCUUUUAUAAAUGGUUACAAAACGUUGUACACUGAAAAGUAUAACAGCAUCAACAUACUAUCAGAACGCAUGAAUGUUGGGUUGGAGAAACUAAAAGAGGCUAGUGAGUCUGUGGCUCAGCUAUCCAAAGAACUAAAAGUAAAGGAAAAAGAGCUUGCUGUAGCAUCUGUCAAAGCUGACAAGGUGUUGGCAGAGGUAACAGUCAGUGCUGAAGCUGCUACAAUUGUAAAGAAUGAGGUCCAAGUUGUGAAGGAUAAAGCCCAGACAAUUGUGGAGGGGAUUGAAAAAGAGAAAAUUGUUGCUGAAGCUAAACUAGAGGCUGCUAAACCAGCUUUAGAAGAGGCUAAAGCUGCACUGAACACCAUAAAGUCAACUGAUAUUGCCACUGUGAGAAAAUUAGCCAAGCCGCCACAUCUGAUUAUGCGGAUCAUGGACUGCUGCCUUCUCUUGUUUCAAAAGAAGUUAGACUCUGUCUCCAUUGAUCCUGAACGACAGUGUCUUAAGCCAUCGUGGGCAGAAGCACUGAAGCUUAUGAGUGCUUCUGGUUUCAUGAUGUCCCUCCAAAAUUUCCAGAAAGACAAAAUUAAUGAGGAAUUAGUAGAACUGCUACAGCCUUACUUUGAUAUGGAAGAUUACACAAUGGAAAAUGCAAAGAAAGUGUGUGGUAAUGUAGCUGGUCUGCUAGCAUGGACCCGGGCUAUGUCCACAUUCUUUGGGAUCAACAAAGAAGUGCUGCCACUUAAGGCUAACCUGGCUGUUCAAGAAAACCGACUAAGAAUUGCAAAUAAUGAGCUAAUGAAGGCAGAGGCUCAGCUUGCUGAGAAGCAAGCAGAGUUUGACAAAGUCAAGGCCAAAUGUGAUGCUGCUAUGAAAGAAAAACAGGACCUGCUGGAUGAUGCUGAGAAAUGCAAGAAUAAAAUGCAGGCUGCAUCUGCACUUAUUGAUGGACUUAGUGGAGAGAAAGUUCGCUGGACAGAGCAGAGCAAAGAAUUUAAAUCACAGAUAAACAGACUGGUGGGUGACGUGCUGCAGCUCACUGGUUUCUUGUCUUAUUGCGGGCCGUUCAACCAGAGUUUCCGUGACAUUCUGCUGAAGGACAUCUGGGAGGCAGAGCUCAAGAGCAAUAAAAUCCCUUUUACAGAAAAUCUCAACAUCAUUUCUGCCCUAGUGGACCCUCCCACUAUAAGUGAGUGGAACCUUCAGGGACUCCCUGGAGAUGACCUGUCUGUGCAGAAUGGUAUCAUUGUCACAAAAGCAACAAGAUAUCCCCUCCUCAUUGAUCCCCAGACUCAGGGAAAGGCUUGGAUAAAGAAAAAAGAAAUGGCCAAUUCACUCCAAGUCACAUCACUGAAGCACAAGUUCUUUCGUAAUCAUCUGGAAGACUCUCUUUCUUUGGGAAAUCCGCUGCUUAUUGAAGAUAUAGCUGAGGAUCUGGAUCCUGUGCUGGACAAUGUCCUUGAGAAAAACUUUGUCAAAUCUGGGACAAGUUUCAAGGUCAAAGUGGGAGACAAAGAAGUAAAUGUAAUGGAUGGUUUCCAACUCUAUAUAACCACCAAGCUGCCCAAUCCAGCAUAUUCCCCAGAAGUCAGUGCCAAGACUUCCAUCAUUGAUUUCACUGUUAACAUGAAGGGUCUAGAGAACCAGCUGCUUGGCCGUGUUAUCCUCAGAGAGAAACAGGAAUUAGAAGCCGAAAGACUAAAGCUAAUUAAAGAUGUGACUGCUAAUAAGAGAAAAAUGCAAGAGCUGGAAGACAACCUGCUGUACAAACUCAGCAGCACUAAAGGUUCUUUAGUUGAUGACGACUCCAUGAUUGGCAUUCUGACUACAACUAAGCAAACCGCAGCAGAAGUUAGUGCAAAGCUCAGCGUUGCAGCAGAAGCAGAGGUGAAGAUCAAUAUAGCUCAAGCAGAAUAUCGUCCUGUUGCCUCUCGAGGCAGCAUCCUUUACUUCCUCAUCACAGAGAUGAGCAUGGUUAAUGUCAUGUACCAGACGUCCCUGAGUCAGUUCCUCAAAAUCUUUGACCUGUCACUGGAAAGGUCUGAAAAGUCCCCUAAAACUCAGAAGCGAAUUGCAAACAUCAUUGAAUAUCUGACUUUUGAGGUGUUCAGAUACACCGUCAGAGGCUUGUAUGAAAACCACAAGUUCAUCUUUACCCUUUUGCUGGCCCUCAAGAUUGACAUACAGAAUAACAAAAUAGAGCACAACAAAUUUCAGGUUCUUAUUAAAGGUGGAGCGGCUCUGGACCUGAAGACCUGCCCCCCCAAACCAUUCAGUUGGAUCUUGGAUAUGGUAUGGCUAAACUUGGUGGAGCUCAGCAAAUUGCCACAAUUCACAAACAUUGUAAAGCAGGUGUCUCAAAGUGGAAAACAGUGGAAAGCUUGGGUCAAUCUUGAUGCACCAGAAGAAGGUGCCAUUCCAGAUGGAUACAACUCUCUUGAUGUUUUCCAUAAACUCUUGUUGAUAAGGUCCUGGUGCCCUGACCGUACCUUGUCUCAGGCUGUAAAAUAUGUGGGAGAUUCUUUGGGCAUGAGGUUUGCUGAGCCUGUCAUCUUGAACCUUCACAGCACGUGGGAGGAAAGUGACCCUCGCACCCCUUUAAUUUGCUUCCUUUCUAUGGGCUCAGAUCCCACAGACCAAAUUGAAGCACUAGCUAAGAAACUUCAACUUAAAUGUAGUGCGAUUUCCAUGGGACAAGGACAAGAGGUGCAUGCAAGGAAGCUUGUUAAGACAUCAAUGAUAGAGGGAGGCUGGGUGUUACUGCAAAACUGUCACCUGGGCUUGGAGUUUAUGGAUGAGCUGCUCGAAACUAUCACAGCUGCAGACACCAUGCACAAUACUUUUAGAGUGUGGAUCACCACGGAGCCACACAAUCGAUUCUCCAUCACACUUUUACAGUCCUCCAUCAAAUUUACUAACGAUCCACCCCAGGGAAUACGUGCUGGCUUGAAACGAACAUUUGCAGGAAUUUCACAGGAGCAGAUGGAAGUAUGCAACCUGCCCAUGUGGAAGCCCUUGUUGUACAGUGUGGCCUUUCUCCACACUGCUGUGCAGGAGCGACGCAAGUUCGGACCAUUGGGUUGGAACAUACCUUAUGAGUUCAACUCAGCUGAUUUCACAGCAAGUGUUGAAUUUGUUGAAAAGCACUUGGAUGACUGUCGCUGCAAGAAGCAUGAUGUGUCAUGGGUAACUGUGCAAUACAUGCUAGCUGAGGUGCAAUAUGGAGGAAGAGUCACAGAUGACUAUGACAAACGCCUGUUGAAGUGUUUCUCUCGUGUGUGGUUCAGUAAAAAGAUGUUUGAUCCAGCAUUUUGCUUUUACACGGGCUAUAAGAUUCCUGUGUGCGAGACAGUGGAGGAGUACAUGGAAUAUAUUCAGAGCUUGCCCACUGUGGAUUCACCCCAAGCAUUAGGACUGCACUCUAAUGCUGAUAUCACGUACCAGACAAACACAUCUGCUGAAGUGCUAGACACAAUCACAAAUAUUCAGCCCAAGGAAAGUGGAGGGGGAUCAGGAGUGACUCGAGAGUCUGUUGUUUAUAACAUGGCACAGGACAUGUUGGAGAAGCUGCCUCCUAACUAUGUACCUCAUGAGGUCAAAGCGAGGCUCUUGAAGAUGGGAGUGCUUAACCCAAUGAACAUCUUCCUACGUCAGGAAGUAGACAGAAUGCAAAGGAUUAUAAAUUUGGUGCGCAUAAGUCUGACAGACCUGAAGUUGGCCAUCGAUGGCACUAUAAUAAUGAGUGAGAACCUGCGUGAUGCCCUCGACAAUAUUUUUGAUGCCCGUGUGCCAAACCUGUGGAGGAAAAUCUCCUGGGAGUCUUCCACGCUAGGCUUUUGGUUCACUGAGCUCCUGGAGAGAAACAAACAGUUCCACAGUUGGGUGUUUGAAGGAAGACCAAAAACAUUUUGGAUGACAGGCUUCUUCAACCCUCAGGGAUUUCUGACAGCCAUGAGACAAGAAGUAACCAGAGCGAACAAAGGCUGGGCUCUGGACACGGUCACACUCAACAACAAAGUACUCAAGCACACAAAGGAGGAGAUCACAGCCUCACCAACAGAGGGAGUUUAUGUCUAUGGUUUGUACGUUGAUGGUGCUGGCUGGGACAAAAAGAACACCCGUCUCAUCGAGUCCUCACCCAAAGUGUUGUUUACACCCUUGCCUGUCAUUCACAUGUUCGCUGUCAACUCCACUGCCCCUCCGGAUCCUAAGCUUUAUGUGUGCCCCAUCUACAAGAAGCCAAAGCGCACAGACCUGAACUACAUCACAGCAGUGAUGUUGCCUACAGUCGAGUCACCAGACCACUGGAUCCUGCGUGGGGUUGCCCUGCUCUGUGACAUCAAAUAAAAGACAGUUGCUUAUCUUUACUAACAUGUAAAAGUGAUAAAAACAGAAAUAAUUACAUUUCCUGCAGAAAAGCAUACUCUUUUAAAAUAGAUGGAGU